AUGGAAAACGUGUCUACCGUGGCCACAUUCAUAUUGACUGCCUUUCAUGAAAUGGAGGACCUGAAGUAUUUGUACUUCUUUAUUUUCCUUUCCAUUUACAUUGUCACUCUUAGUUUCAACUUUAUUCUUAUUGGGGUGAUUUGUGCUGAGAGAUCUCUACAUGAACCCAUGUACAUCUUCGUGUGCAGUUUAGCAUGUAAUGGAUUAUAUGGGAGCACUGCUUUGUUUCCACCCACUCUGAGGUUUUUAUUGUCAUCGACUUAUGAAAUAUCUUUGAUCUUUUGUCUCAUACAGAUAUUUGCUUUGCAUACAACUGGGACGGUUGAAUUUACAAUUUUAGCAGUGAUGGGCUAUGACAGGUAUGUUGCCAUUUGUCACCCAUUGGAUUAUCACAACAGAAUGUCUCCUGCUAAAGUGCACAAACUGACUGUGCUCUCCUGGGCAUUCCCCUUUGUUGGCCUUGCUUUGUAUUUAAUAUUGACAAUACGACUUACAUUCUGUGGUAGACACAUGCCAAAAGUAUACUGUGUCAAUUUUGAACUUGUCAAACUUUCCUGUCAUGAUACAUCCAUCAAUAGCAUAGUUGGUUUCUUAACAAUGAUUGUCUUUAUGUUCCCUCAGAUUGUCAUGAUAAUGUUUUCCUAUGCACAAAUACUGUAUGUUUGCCUGCGCUCUUCAAAGGAGUCCCGAAUCAAAGCACUUCAGACAUGCACACCUCACGUACUGGCAGUGAUAAACUUCUCUGUGGGGUGCUUUUUUGAAAUCAUUCAAAGUCGGUUAAACAUGAAUCAUGUAUCUCACAAACUUCGCACAUUCAUGUCACUUUACUUUGUGAUUUUUCCUCCCCUGCUAAACCCUGUUGUUUAUGGAGUGAGCAUUCAAGCCAUAAGAGUUCAAAUUAUCCGCUCUUUCAUCGGUAAAAUGUGUAAAUUACAGGCCAUGAAAAAUAAAAUUGGGACCUUUUGCCAUAAACACUGGGACUCUUUAGCCAUGUUAAAAAAAUCUUAG